AUGGCUGCAGUGAUUUCUGAUCACCAAUUCGCUAAAUCCCAAUACAACCUAGCCGCUGCCGUCACCCACCGAGUUCUUGUUAGAAGCAAUUAUUGCUAUUCUGAAACUGAAUCUGUUGAUGUGGAAGCAUCACUUUACGACGAUUCCGCUGUCGUAAAGCUCAGAGUUCCAGAACCAUGUAGAGACCCCAGUAUUCGGAUAUGUAGUUCUUACAGAGGGUUUGUAUUUCUUGCCCCUGAACGGUUUGGUGAUAUCACUGUAUGGAACCCAUCAACAGGUGCUCACAGGAAAAUUCCAGUGUCCGAUGCAAAUUGGGACGAUGAUCGAUCAGUAUCAACUCCUUAUAUUAAAGGACUUACACUAUGUGCUCCUGGAUUACUACAUGGUAUAAUUGGUAUUGGGUAUGAAGAAUCAAGUGAUGACUACUUGAUAGUUAUUAUACAAUUGCGUGGCCCUUCAAUUAAAGUUUUUUCAUUGAAAUACAAUAAUUUGUCAUCAGCCAAGGAACUCUGGGAGAAGGUUGAAGGGUUAUAUCAGGCAAAUGGCAUCUCAAAUCGGUUGUUGCUAAAAGAGCAAUUCCACAAUCUACGCAUGGAUGAAGGUACGAAAAUAUCUGAUCAUCUGAGUACUUUGAAUAAUAUUAUCUCCGAGUUGGAAUCUAUUAAAGUAGAGAUUGAUGAUGAAGGUGAAGCAGUAUCUGAAAAAGAUGUCUCCCUUGUUCUGGGAGAUGAUGGUGAUCUCAUAUAG